CAAAAACACACACUUUCGCUUCACCACUGCCACCAUCGACGCCACCAUGCCGAGGCUGAGCGAAGCAGACGAGGCCGUGUUGGCAAAGGACCGGGAGGAGCACCCCGAGUGCACGCAUUCCACCACCAUAUCGUCGUCGUGCCGGAGCAUCAAUGGAGAUCGCCAGUGCGAGACCCUCCGCCGAAUCUUUCGGAAAUGCCCUGGUCGACAACCCGCGUUGAUCUUGGACGUGAAAGACCAAACGCAAGACAACUCUGUCGAAGCAAACACGGAUUCAGACUCGCAUGAUGCAGUUCUGGAUCCGUUCCAGCUGUUCCGUAGCCGAGGCGGAAUCCAGCAUGACGACGGUGGAAUGUCGCCAUUCCGCGGCGGAUUCAUGGGCCAGCCACCGCACCCGUUUGAGAGCAUGGACGAUAUCAUGCAGGAAAUGUUGCGUCCAUUUGGAUUCGGAAGCUUUGGGUUUGGUCCAAGCGACAACGAUGACAACGGAGUGCACGCUCCGUACCGUCAACCACAUCAGGCACCACCGCCACAUCAUAGUUAUUCGAGAAAACCUCCAACGGGCUCGAAGGCACCAUCGAGGAAGAAAGACAUGUUUGACGGAUUCGACGGGCAUGUUGAAGAGAUUUAAGCUGCACAACAUGGAUUCAUUCAAUAUACAAUA